UUUCUCUACCCCGGUUAACUUUCCCCCACCAACCAAACAGACCGGAAGUACAACUGCGUUUGGGUUUAUAAACCUCACUCACCUGCCAUUCACUAAUCUUCCAUUUUCAGCUUCUCUACCAAACUCCAUCCCUCUUAAUUUUGUAAUCCAGGGUUAUAAAAGAUGGCUGAUGAGGAUAUUCAACCUCUUGUGUGUGACAAUGGAACUGGAAUGGUCAAGGCUGGGUUUGCUGGUGAUGAUGCUCCAAGGGCAGUGUUCCCAAGUAUUGUUGGGCGACCUCGCCAUACUGGUGUCAUGGUUGGGAUGGGUCAGAAAGAUGCCUAUGUAGGUGAUGAGGCCCAGUCGAAAAGAGGUAUCCUCACCUUGAAGUAUCCUAUAGAGCAUGGCAUAGUCAGCAAUUGGGAUGACAUGGAGAAGAUUUGGCAUCACACUUUCUACAAUGAGCUUCGUGUUUCCCCUGAAGAGCAUCCAGUACUUCUUACUGAGGCACCACUGAACCCCAAGGCCAACAGGGAGAAGAUGACCCAGAUCAUGUUUGAGACUUUCAAUGUGCCUGCUAUGUAUGUUGCUAUCCAGGCUGUUCUGUCUCUUUAUGCCAGUGGACGUACCACAGGUAUUGUCUUGGAUUCUGGUGAUGGUGUGAGCCACACGGUUCCAAUUUAUGAAGGCUAUGCCCUGCCCCAUGCAAUUCUUAGGCUGGACCUUGCGGGCCGUGAUCUAACUGAUGCCUUGAUGAAAAUCCUCACUGAGAGAGGGUACUCUUUCACCACCACUGCUGAACGGGAAAUUGUUCGCGACAUAAAGGAGAAACUAGCUUAUGUUGCCCUGGAUUAUGAACAAGAGUUGGAGACUGCGAAGAGCAGCUCUUCAAUUGAGAAGAGCUAUGAGUUACCUGAUGGCCAGGUUAUCACAAUUGGAGCUGAGAGGUUCCGUUGCCCAGAAGUACUCUUCCAGCCAUCUCUCAUUGGUAUGGAAGCUCCCGGAAUCCAUGAAACCACUUACAACUCCAUUAUGAAGUGUGAUGUUGAUAUCAGGAAGGAUUUAUAUGGAAACAUUGUGCUUAGUGGUGGGUCAACCAUGUUCCCUGGAAUUGCUGAUCGGAUGAGCAAGGAGAUUACGGCUCUUGCUCCCAGCAGCAUGAAGAUCAAGGUGGUUGCACCUCCCGAGAGAAAGUACAGUGUCUGGAUUGGAGGAUCAAUAUUGGCAUCUCUUAGUACCUUCCAACAGAUGUGGAUAUCCAAGGGUGAAUAUGAUGAAUCCGGUCCGGCAAUUGUCCACCGAAAAUGCUUCUAAGUUUGUGAGGAAGAGAUGGUGAUGAAUGAAGAGUCUUGUGUCAUAUGUGAUUUUAGUUGACUUAUGAAGUUCUGGUUUUAUUAAAUAGGGGAGAUAUUAGUGUAUUGGAUGCUUGGGAUUGUAAGCUUCCAACAUGUUGCAUGGUGUGUCAGUCUUAGAAAGCCAAUAUAUAAUUGGCAAUGGUUGGGUAGUGUUGGAACCUAGCUGGUUGCUGUCUUGUUUGCUUUGGUCUGUCAUUCUUCAUGUUUUGGCCAUGAACCAAGGUGGCUUGAGUAAGAGACGAGUAAGUUUUGUCA